CCUUUACUUAUCUUCGCAGGUAUAUUGUCCCAUGUUAUCGAUGAAUAUGGGUUUGUCCAAUUGGACGUGCCUUGCAUAACAAUCUAAAAUUGAAUACAAAUUAACAAAUCCUCUUAUCGCCUGUCCGUAGCAAGUGCUGGUGAUAAAGAAAGUAAAUAAAUACGUAUGCAAAUUCGAACGAUACGUCUCAGUAUCACUUGUCUAGUGGGAUAGGUGCUCCAAGAUGAAGGUUGUUCUGUUGGUUUCGUUAGCCAUUGGGUUGGUGUGUCACGUGAGUACGGCUAGGAUCCCUCGCCGUGUUUUGCAGGCCCAAGAGGAGGAAGUGUUUCAAUACCUGGAGGACAUUGAGACGGAAAUCUUAGCACGCCGUAAUGCAGCUAGUGAAGCGAAUUGGGCUUACGAUUCAAACAUUACAGACGAUAAUCUGGAUGUGAAGAAUGAAAUCGCUACUGAAAAUGCCGCAUUCUUCAAGCAAAUUUCGGAAUACCUCUCCCAGUUCGAGUAUGAAAGCUUCGAGAAUGAGAAUUUGAAACGUCGAGUGAAGAAACUGGUUGGGCUGGGUUACUCUGCCCUGCCGGAGGAAAAGUUUACCGAAAUGCUGGAUGCCAUUAAUAAUAUGAAGGAAAACUACGCCAAGAUUAAGGUGUGUGAUUAUCAUGAUAGCAGCAAGUGUGAUUUGGCACUGGAACCGGAACUGACUGAAAUCUUAGCUAACAGCCGAGAUGCUGAAGAGUUGAAAUACUACUGGCAGCAGUGGUACGAUGCGGCUGGAACACCUACGAGAGAAGACUUCCAGACAUACGUUGAACUGAACGGGGAAGCUGCUAAGUUGAACAAUUAUGAAUCCGGUGCAGAUUCUUGGCUUAGUGCAUACGAGGAUGAAACGUUUGAAGAACAAGUUGAUGCAGUGAUUGAGGAACUGAGACCAUUUUAUGAACAGAUCCAUGCAUAUGUUCGGUAUAGGUUGCGCGAGUUCUACGGUGAGGAUGUGGUAUCUGAAAAGGGACCGAUUCCGAUGCACUUGCUUGGUAACAUGUGGGCCCAGGGUUGGGAAAAUAUAGCAGAAAUCACUAGCCCAUUUGGUGAUCGUGAAAUGUUUGAUGUGACGGAAGAGAUGGUGCGUCAAGGCUACACGCCAGUUCAGAUGUUCGAAAUGGGUGAUGAGUUCUUCCAGUCCCUGAACAUGACCAAACUGCCCCAGACUUUCUGGGAAAAGAGUAUUCUCGAAAAACCUGAUGAUGGACGUGAUCUUAUCUGUCACGCUAGUGCCUGGGAUUUCUCAAAGCCUGAUGAUGUACGCAUCAAACAGUGCACUCGUGUAACGAUGGAUCAAUUCUUCACGGCUCAUCAUGAGCUGGGCCACAUUCAGUAUUACCUGCAGUAUCAGCAUCAACCUAGUGUUUAUAGAUCGGGAGCUAAUCCUGGUUUCCAUGAGGCCGUCGGUGAUGUUCUGUCGCUGUCUGUUUCCACCCCAAAACAUUUGGAAAAGAUUGGCUUGCUGAAGGAUUAUGUCCAAGAUGAGGAAUCAAAAUUGAAUCAGUUCUAUCAAGCAGGUCUUUCUAAGCUUGUGUUCCUGCCGUUCGCCUACACUUUGGACAAGUACCGAUGGGGAAUCUUCCGUGGUGAUAUCAAGCCCGAGGAGUACAACUGCAAGUUCUGGGAGAUGCGUUCAAAGUACUCGGGAAUCGAGCCUCCAGUAGUUCGUACUGAAGCUGAUUUUGAUGCACCAGCCAAAUACCACGUCUCGGCUGAUGUGGAAUAUUUACGUUACUUUGUUUCUUACAUCAUCCAAUUCCAAUUCCAUCGAGCUGCUUGCGAAAAGGCGGGAGAGUAUGUGAAGGGUGAUCCCGAGAAGACGUUGAACGACUGUGACAUCUAUCAAAGUACUGAGGCGGGUAAUGCCAUCAAGGCUAUGCUGGAGCUGGGAUCAUCGAAGCCGUGGCCAGAUGCAAUGGAGGUCCUUACUGGGGAGCGUCGCAUGAGUGCCGAUGCACUGAUUGAAUACUUCCAGCCAUUGUACGAUUGGUUGGUGGUAGAGAACGAACGCAUUGGAGCACAUGUUGGAUGGGAAGAAACUGAUAAGUGUGUAUCCGAGUAAAAAAAAUUGUACGGGUGAAUAAACCAUUUCAAUCAUUAAAAUACCGUUUUAAAUAAUUUAAUUAAAAAAAAAAAUCAUAAAUCAACAUCAGCUUACAGCUGACAUCAUUCACCCUGAGGAACUGAG